UCUGGCUUUGUUGUGUUUGAGGUCAAAACCAUUUUGAAUGUCUUGAAGCUGGUGGGAGGGUCACUAUCACAUAGUUCAGCCUGCAGCGUUUAUCUGUCGGCGGAGGGGCCCCAGAACCCCGUUUAGCAGCAGGGGGUGGGCACCUUUACCAUACAAUAUUCAGCGGGAUACUCCCUCGGCUCAGGCGUCACGUCGGCGAUUCCAGGACGACGUGUCACGGGGAGGCCUGGCUGACAUUCCAGCACGCGCCUCAGUGAUGGGCGUGGCCUGGCACCGAGCAAACAGCCAGUUCUGCAUUCCUCAAACGCCAAUUAGCCGGCAGGAUGGCUCGGAGGGCGCACUGAAGCCGCGGGCAGAGAACCAGCCGCGCGGCGUCCCAAGACUCCUCAGCGGGUAAAGGCCGGCACCAAGCCAGCGCUCAGCAGCCUGGGGGACCGGAUUGGCGCAUCCUCCGGCACCCGGAGUAGCGACACAGGAUGACCGGGAGUCCUCACGGGCCGAUAUCCACACAGCAGCUGUGUCAGCGAUGGAGCACCGUUCUCCUGGUAGGUGUGAUGUGGGCAGUCUGCCACAGGGAGGCGCCCUUGUUCCCAUCCCUCAGCCUUUCCCAGGCAUGUCAGAGGCUCUGGCUGGCUGCGGGGCUGUGGACUGGCUUGGGCUUGUGCAUCUUCAGCAUCAGGACCCUGCUUCACUACCACAAGCAGCCACGGGGGAUGCACCUCCUGCAGGCAGAGGAGGCUGUGGAGAGGAGCGAGGCACGUCCACAGGCCUGGACAGCCCCAGAGUCCAGCCCUGGCCUCAGUGUCUGUGAGACUCACGCCCUGUUCAGCUGCAUGCUCGUGUUCCUCUGCUCCGAGUCGAUGCAGGACGGCAGCCUGGGGGCUGUGUUGGAGCACGCUGACAGGCUGGAGAGGGCUGCUCAGGCCCUCCAGAAGGGGGCAGUAGUCUUCCCUGCCCAGCCACAGGGGGGCAGGAUGGACCAGGAGGUGGAGACACCAGCCGAGAGACUGCAGAGAAUCGGCAGCUACCUGGAGAGCAGGUCCCAGUCGUUGCGGACUCUGUUCCAGGCCCAGACUGUAUAUCGGAAUGCCGCGGAGGAAGCCCUGAAAGGGCUGGGCUGCUGCUGGGACCGACUGGAGGAGAUGCACGACUGCGUCACCAUGCCGACGGCGAGUAAGGAGCAGGUGAGCCCAGAGGGGGCUCUGAGAGAGGUGGAGAGUCUGUCGGUGGAGCUGAUCAAACAGGAGGAACGUCUGCAGGUCUGUGAAGCACAUGCCAAGGACAGCUGUCACCUUCUGCGGGAGCUGAGUCACAGCCAGCGGGGGCUGCAGGACCGGUCCGGAACCAGGCCCAUACCCUUGUGGACCGACAAGCUGAUCCAGUCCAAUGAAAUGCAGCUUGCAGAGCUCCGUGGCAAGUUCGUGUCCCUGGAGCACCUUCUGUUUUGCCUCCGGACUCACCUGGAAGGUCUGCGGGACGGCGUGGUCCUGAACGGGGCAGCGCGCUUCCUUAGCCAUGCCCGGCCGCCGUCGCCCCCCAGCCCGCCAGCAUCUCCACCCUCCUGGGCCUCCGGCUUGUGCUGUCCCCUGCGGAGAAGAUGACCCUUCACUACUUCCACAUUGUCCUUUAGCCUCCUGGAGAGGGAAGUUUUAUUUAUUUUGUAUAAAAUAUUUCAGUAAUUAUGUAAUCAAGUUCAAUAAAUAUUAUUUUUUUUCAA